GAACGCGACUAAUAAGCCGGCAGCAUUUAACAAAUAUAAACUAACUCUACGUUGUUAGUUCGUUUUAAUAAAUAAAAUCGUCAAUUUGGUAACAUGGAGGCGGCAUCGCAGGAGUACGAUAAGGCCAUUGCCCUAUUGCGGGAAUUUGGAUAUGGUUUCAAUGCCUCGGGACAGCUGCGACAGAUUGAUGCUACUAGUGGGGAACCUGGGGAGAAGCCGUUCGAGUUCAAGGUCAGCGAGGAUUUUGACCAAAACCAAAGGCACUACGAAAAGCUGGGAGAUAUAAUACAAGAAAUCGUUUAUGGUUUGCUGGAAAAGAAUGGUCUGAAACGUCUCUAUAUUCCCUUUCGUACGCCUGCCGAGCAGGCAAGUUUUGUAUUCACGCAGCCGGAGGAAGUAAAGAAAUCAAAAAAGUUGCUAGUUCUGAUAAACGGCAGUGGAGUUGUGCGUGCCGGUCAGUGGGCCAGAAGUCUGAUUAUCAACCAUUCUUUGGAUCAUGGCUCUCAAUUGCCUUAUAUACAGAGGGCUCAAGAGCUUGGCUACGAUAUUGUCGUUACGAAUACGAACGAUAAUGAGCGAUACAUUAAUGGAAAGUUUAGUCGCAUUGAAGGCGUUGCUACUGCCCUAGAUCAUGCCAAUUAUGCAUGGGAACAUAUUGUAAUGGCCUCGGAUCCAGAGAGCGUUGCCAUUGUGGCGCACAGCUAUGGUGGCUAUUUAACAAUUCAAUUGUCAAAGAUGCACAAAGAGUUCUUCAAGAAGAAAGUAUUUGCUAUAGCUCUGACCGAUUCUUCGCACGGUAGCCUGCCGGAUGACAGCAAAGAAUAUCUGCGUAAGGUCGCCUGUAAUUGGGCCUCUUCUGAGAAGCCUCUCGAUGCGAAACUGCCAACAUCCGAUCGCGAUGUGCCACGCAUCUCUGCAGGCCAUCCCAAGCACGAGUGGAGCUCGUAUGCAGCUAUGGAGUCUGUAAUGAAAUAUUUCGAGCAAAAGUACGAACAGUUUACUCGAGAAUAGGGUAUACGACUGGUGAACAAUAAUGUUAUUUCUAUGGAAAUCAAUAAUGGAAUUACGCGCAUUAUAUGCUAUAUUAUACAUGGUAGACACUUCAUAAUAAAAUUAAUAUGUUUAUAACACAA